AUGAAGCAGAGGAUUGAUCAUUUGGAGGAGUUGGUGACGAGGCUGAUUCGGGAGAGAGAGUUUGGGGAGCCGUCUACGCCGGAGAGUCAGAGGGGAGAGGUGAGUAUGGUGAGGUCUGAUGCGUCUGAGGUGGCGUAUGCUGGGACCACGGUGAUGGAUGGGGUGCGGUCGGUGUACCGUGGGGGGGAUGAGUGGGAGGAUGUGUUGGUGGAGAUCAACGCACUCAAAAAAUCCUGGACCGAAACUCAUGACAACCCAACAGAUGGACUCGUGCGUCCCACCUGCUCGCACACUGUCGACGGCUCAAGUCUGCUCUUUGGUCAGGUCAAGCCGUUGGAAAGAAUCGAGAUCAUAUCCACACUACCGCCAAAGCAUCAAGCCGACAAGCUGAUAUCCCAGUUCUUUGACCGCGAUAACUUUCCUAUAUCUCUUCCUCCGAUCCUACACCAGCCCACCUUCAUGCGCGAGUACAACGAACACUGGAAAGACCCGUCUCGCACCAACUUCAUCUGGCUCGGCCUUCUCUUCUCUAUACUCGGCAUUACCAUGCUCUCGUAUCUCCAAUUUGGCGAACCCCCCGAGUAUGAAGGCAUCUCGGAAUCCCUCUUCCAGCUGUAUCGCAUCCGCACCGCUCAAUGCCUCCUCAGCGGCGAUAUCGCCAAAUGUCUUCCCUACACCGUCGAAGCUCUCCGCUUCAACGCAACCGCUGAACUAAACCGCAAAGACGACAAUCGUCGCGGCCUCUGGAUCAUGACAGGCGUCAUUGUCCGCGCUGCCAUCAACAUGGGCUACCAUCGGGACCCUUCUCACUCCCCAUCUAUCCCUCCACUUCAAGCUGAGUUCCGCCGUCGUAUCUGGCUUUCUGUGAUUAGCAUGGACGACAUGGCCUCCUUCUUGGGAGGCUUUCCCCGCAUGAGCUCAGCCAUCUACUCCGACACACGCGAGCCGCAGAACCUCUACGACUGGGAGUUAUCCGACUCCUCUGCCACCCUACCGCCAUCCCGACCCCUAACGGAACCCACCGCAGCAACCUACCUCAUUGUCAAAUCGCGCCUCUUCCGCGCCAUCGGCCGCAUUGCCGACUUCAACAACACUCCAACUCGUGUUUCCUACGACACAGUCCGCGAAAUCGAUCAAGCCGUCUACGGUGCAUACGACAAUUUCCCUUCUCAUAUGAAGAUCCCCCCUGGUGGUGUGCAUGCCCUGCCUCUGAAAUCUGCAGCAGAUUUCUCAACCCUCAACCUCGCAGCCAUGUACCAUCGAAGUAUGUGCACCCUGCACCGGAAAUUCAUGAGUAGGGGACAUCGAAAUAAUCAGUGCCAACUGUCCCGUGACAGAUGUAUCUCUUCUGCCCUUGCGCUGUUAUCUUAUCAAGAAGUACUGCAGCCGUAUUGGUAUAAAGCCUCUCAAACGAGACAAAUGCUCAGUCUUGCGGCUAUGAUUCUUUUACUAGAGCUCGAACUCAGGCGGAGAGUUCCGGAUGAGGAUGUCACCCCGGACAGUACGUCGCUUCUACAGACGCUGGAACGAUCUUCUACGCUCUGGGAAAACGCCAAGGACUCGUGCGAUGAGGCGGGCAGAGUGUAUGAGAUCCUGGGUGGGAUGGUUUCAGGGUUCCAGACUAGUUCUGCAUCUAGCUCUUCGCAUACUGUCACUCCCUCAUCAAGCCUUGAGAUUCCGGGGUUUGAUACUUCGGUUCGGGGAAAUGGCGAAGAGUUGUUUGAGAAGGAGUUGGCGAGUAUGGACGUUGAUUGGGCUACGUGGGAUGCCUUUAUUCAAGACACGGACUUUCAGGAUGGGCCUAUUUACUAG